UACAAAAUGGCUGCGCCCAAAAGCACAGUGCACGUGCACAAGAAGGCUCACAGUAAAGGCAAAUACAAUCAUGGUAACAGGCAGAAUAAUGACGGAAAGGACGACAGGCCAGAUGGAAGAGUUGGUCGACUUGAUGAGCAUACUAUGGGCUACUAUCGCCGGGUGUCUGAGACAAUCAAAGAUGGGUUUCAAGACAAGCUGGAACAGGAUCAGUUCCUAGACAAUGUUUUCGACCACAUGGAAGGCGAAGAAGUAAAACUCUGUCAGAACCAGACCGUCUCUUUCAUCCUGGAAGAGCUCUUACUCUUAGCUAGUCCCUCUCAGAUCGGGAGAUUUCUCGACAGUGCCUUGGAGGGCUUCGAGGUCAUACUGGCGGAUAGAUUCGCCGGUCAUGUCGUCCAGAGGGCGCUCUUUCAGGCAGUGAAGUGCUUUGAUGAUGAGGGCGAAGGAGCUGAACUUCAGGAAAAGGUUCUCGCUAUGGCUGAGCGGCUGCAAAGUAGCCUGGACUCGCUGAUGAUGGACACCUAUGGGAGCUACGUUCUCCGUACCAUGCUACAGGUAUUAGGCGGGGUACGGGUACCAGACGAGGUAUCCAGGAGCAAGUUGUCCAUGCAACACCAAAAGAACGAAACUCGCAAGCCUGACAAGAAAACUGAAGUCCUUUUGGAGAACGUACCAGAGAGCAUGCAGCUGAAGCUGAAGCUAAUCACCAACUUGAUCUUGAAAGCAGAUAACUUUAAUGAGUUCUUAUUGCACCGAACGUCCAGUCCGGUCCUCGGGGUCUUGCUCCUGGUUCUCCAUCAGUCAAGGCCAGAACUGUGUCUCCGUCUCUGCCAAAAGAUACUCCAGAAAUCCAAGGUGAUGACCCCAACCGCUGACCAAGUUGAAAAGAAGGUGCCGGUUGUGUUUGCCGACGUCAUCGGUAGCCGCCUCUUCGAGGUCGUCCUUCAAGUGAUCUCAAGUGAUCUCCUGUCGGAGGUUUUCCCCAAAUGCUUCAGCAAGCAUCUGGUGGACAUGGCACUUCAUCCUGUGGCUAACUUUGUCCUUCAGAGGCUGAUUACAAGGGCUGCUCACGAGAAGGAGUUUUCAGAGAUUUUUAGGAAGAUGUGCCCUAACAUUGAGGCAAUUCUUGGAGUCAAUCACAUGGGCGUGUUGCGAAGUCUGGCAGAAGCAUGCAUGCAUCAUCCCGACAAACAAAAUGAGUUCUUACAGGCUGUGCUGUCAGCGUUCCAUUGUUGGGAGCCAAAAGAAAGACAAUCUACCUGUGUACGUCUAAUUGCUGGAAUGGCCACGCAUGAGGUGUUCUUCAAACAGGCAACGGAAAGCGAAGAGUCUGAUGAACCAAAAAAGUCCAGUCUAACCAAUGUGGAUUACCACGGUGCCGUACUGCUCCAGCAGAUGUUGAAGUUCACUCACUGUGGACCCAUCAUAGCUGGUUUCCUGUCGAUGACCGAGGAUGAUUUGGCUGCAGUGGCUUGCUCAGUGCCAGGUAGCUACCUCCUCCAGGCAUUCAUGGCGUGCACCAGGGUCAACGAGAAGAGGAAGGAACGAUUUGCCCUCAAACUUAAGACCCAUUGUGUGAAGAUUGCAUGCCAUAAGACGGGCAGCCACUUAAUCGAGAACAUCUUCAAGGCGGUAUCCAUCAAGACAAAGAGAGUCCUUUGUGAAGCACUGGCCGAGAAAAGCAGACAACUUCAGAGCGAUUUUUGUGGCAAGUUCGUUUACAAGAACUUGGCUAUUGACCUCUUCAAAAAUCGUCGUCAGGACUGGGAGGAUCUUCAAGGGAAGACAAACAAGAAGAGAGAACUCUUUGCUGACAUUAUUGAUGAUGACGAACCUGCAGGUAAAAAGAAAAAGAAGCUGUCGUCUGAAGACACUGAGAAGAAACGUCUACCCUACUCUGAAGAGAUAGACACACUUGGUAUGGAAGAAGAGGGAGAUGCGACUGAGGAAACUCCUAAGGAGGAUGAGAUAGACGAAAUCUUUGGGAAAGCUGAUGAUACAUCCUCCAAUAAAAAGAACAAACGGAGAAAACGAUCGAGCCAUUCCAAGACGGACGUUACAGAAACGGACGGCACAGAGAGUGCAAGAGCAACAGGAAGAAAGUCUAAGGCCAUUGAAAAGGAAGACAGCGAGCCUACAGAUGACGUCAAGGAACUAGAAGACCAUAAAGAGGGCAGGAAGAGAAAGAAUAAAAAACAUAAAAAGAGUAUAGGAACUUAAAAUUUUUUUGACAGUUUGAUCUCUUGUGGGUCAAAUUGCAAGAACUUGUAAAGAGUGGGUGUGGCCUCACCAUGUGUCAUCGCCUAAAAAAGCCCAUUGCCUUUAGAGACACUGGACACUAUUGGUAACUGUCAAAGACCAGUCUUCUCACUUGGUGUAUCCCAACAUAUGCACAAA